AUGCCAGAACUUCCUGAGGUUCACCGUGCCGAACGAGCAUGUAAUCAUAAUAUGAUUAGAAAAAGAAUUACAAAAGUCGAAACCCAACAAGAUAACUUAGUAUUCUGUGGCAUCACUAAUAAAGAAUUUGAAACAAGUAUAUUGAACAAAAUUGUGGUAGAUACCGGUCGAUGGGGAAAAUAUUUUUACUUUAUUCUUAAUGAGAAGCCACAUCCUGUUUUCCAUUUUGGUAUGGCCGGCGACAUUCGCUUUAAAGAUCAAGAUGCAUUUUCAUACCGCAGAAAAAAAUCCAAGAAUGACUCAGAAGAAUGGCCUCCACGUUUCUGGAAGUUAGUAAUUACACUUGAAGAUGUCAACGACAAAUCAUCUCCUAGUACGACUAUGGCGUUUACUGAUGAACGUAGAUUGGCAAGAGUGCGCCUAGUUGAUUCGGCUUUAACAGAUCCGCCAAUCUCUAAACUUGGGUUUGAUCCAUUGAAUAAUAUGCUCAAAUUAGAAGAUUUUGGUAAAUUGAUCUUGAAACGUCGUUGUCCUAUUAAAGCGUUAUUAUUAGAUCAAUCUUUUUCUGCGGGCAUCGGGAACUGGAUCGCCGAUGAAGUAUUAUAUCAAUCAAAAAUACAUCCUAGCCAAUAUACAAAUACGCUUAGCAGUGAACAGAUUAGCGCGUUGCACGAGAAGAUAGUCUAUGUAUGUCAGACUGCUGUAGAUGCUAAUGCGGAAGCGAGCUCAUUUCCGAAUUCAUGGUUGUUCCAUUAUAGAUGGGGCAAAGGGAAUAAAGAUGGCACGUUUAUGCCUGAUGGUGAGCAGAUUAUAUUUCAAACCGUGGGUGGCAGAACCUCUGCCAUUGUGCCGAGUGCUCAAGUACUAGUGGAAAAGAGUAACGACAGUUCUCGCGCGUCAGAAAAUUCGAAGUCAGCACGUAAGAGAAAGGCAAAGUCAGAGAAAUCACCUACGGAGUCACCACCUAAAUCAUCGGACGUCAAAGAUACGGUCAAUAAAUCUAAGAAAAAAAGGUCGAGGACCAAGGAAACCUGA